CAGAAGCCAAACAAAUCUAAGUCUGUAUUCUCGUACAAAUACGACGGCUAGUUUGCUUUGAUGACAUCCAAGUUUACAUUUGACUUACCAUUUGCAUUGAAUUUCCAUUUAGAUUUUAGAAUAAUAGCUAUAAAAGGCCGAAAAUCAUGCAUUGGACUUGUUUUUCAAAUUAUGCAACGGUUUUCAUUGGUUUAUCGGUGUUGAUACUAUUUUAUUAUUUCCUGAAAAGACCUAAAAACUUCCCGCCAGGUCCUCAUGGGCUUCCACUGGUUGGAUACAUCCCAUUUUUAGAGAAGAAUAUGGCAGAAGGUUUGCGAAAAUUGAAAGAUAAAUACGGAUCUGUGAUGGCGGUUCAAUUUGGCCGAGACGAUUGCGUUGUUUUGAAUAGCUACGACUCCAUCAAUGAGGCACUGGUAAAACAGGGCGAGAAGUUUUCUGGGCGCACCAACAAUUAUAUAUUUGAUUUGGUAACCAUAUAUGGAGGAUUCAAAGCAACAGAUUACGGACCAACUUGGAGAGCAUUGAAAAAGUUAGGUCACAGAACAUUGAGAGGACUUGGAGUUGGCAAAACAGCAUUGGAGGCGACCAUCACAGAAGAGACUCCGUUUUUAGUUGAAAAUUUCACAACAAAAAACGGACAAACAUCGCAAAUGAAACUCACCAUCGCGGUAUCAAAUAAUAUUUCUAAAAUAGCAUUUGGUUCAAGAUUCGAAUAUGACGACAAGAUAUUUCUGCAUAUGGUGGAGAUUAUUCAAAAGUUCUCUGAAGAUACACCCCAUUCGAACAUGUUGGCAGUGUUGACUUUUGCUCCCAUUUUAAGGUUCAUUCCGCCCUUCAGAAACGUUGUUAAAAUUACUUCUGAUGAUGCACAAAGUUUUAUGGGAUACGUGCAAGACAUUAUCGAAGAACACGAAUCUAGUUUUGAUGAACAUCAUAUCAGAGAUUUCACGGAUGCAUUCCUCAUAGAAAUAAAGAAAAGCGGAAAAGGUGAUCCAGCUUUCAAUAAACUCCAACUAAUCCAAUACAUUCGUGAUCUUUUUGAUGCUGGAUCAGUAACAACCAGCAGUACAUUGACCUGGACCUUGCUAUGUUUCUGCCACUAUCCAGAAUGUCAAGAAAAAAUAGCAGCAGAAGUUGCAAAAGCAAUAGGUGAAGACAGAAUACCAAGUAUGAGACAUAGAGAUGAAAUGCCUUACACUUGUGCUUUCAUACAAGAACUGAUGCGGCAUAGAACUCUUGUGCCUCUAAGCAUUUUCCAUAAAACCAACAAAGAAGCCACAUUAAAUGGAUAUACUAUUCCAAAAAAUACAACAAUCGCUCCAAAUCUCUGGGCAGUACAUUACGAUCCUGAAUAUUUUGAGAAUCCGAGAGAAUUUAGACCAGAGAGAUUUCUCGACCGUGACGGAAAAUUCAUCACAUCAAAUCACGUGAUCCCAUUCUCAAUCGGCCCUCGUCGUUGUUUAGGAGAACAAUUGGCCAGGAUGCAGAUUUUUCUUUUCCUAACCGGAAUAGUGCAAAAACUGAAAGUGUUACCCGACCCAGACAACCCCCCUCCAUCCUUCCAUAUCGGUGGUAGCAGUAUAGUGACAUACGAACCACCCGUCUUUGAUGUUGUUUUUGAAAGGCGUUAGUUCAUAUUUCUGAGUAUAAAUAUUAUAUAGGCCUAUCUUGCACAGUUGUUUUAUUUUUUUCCCCAACAAAUAUGGAUUACAGUUUUCUGGGGUUUACUGAGAAACUGAACAACUUUUCUAGUUAACUUUAUUUUUUUUAUAUUACUGCUUAUAUGAGCGUGGAUAGUUGUGCAUAGGUGGCCCAAUGCACUGACGUUUGUGAAAAUAAUAGAUAUGACAUGAAAUUAUGACGUCAUACUUUUAAGCCACUCUUCUCAUCGAAACUAUACAUACGAUAUUGUCUCAAUUUCUAUCUAAAGAGAAAUUAUGUAUUUGAGAAUGAGUACGGUAUGUCUACACAAUAGACCUUGUAUAUAUAUACCGCAUACCAGAUUCAACCAAAUCUUGAUAUUUUUUCGUGAAAAAAUCGCGUACUGGAGAAAAACAAUAGUCACAGUUUACAGUAUUUGGUUGACAAAAACACUAUAGCUUUACAGAAAACUAAAAUCAGAAUAAUCUAUAUAUUUUCUAACAGUCAGAAUCGACUUGAUUAAAACAAAUUCAGUGGAAUUAAUUUAUGGCUAUCUCAAAUGUUUUUAUAGUCAAAAUUUCAUAUUUAGCCUACAAUGUAGUUUUACAGUUGUUUUUCUAUAUUCUAAACAAGAUCAUUUUUACUUAUUACUGUCAGUUGUAACCAGUUUCCUAUAUCCAGCUCUAAUAAACGAUAGCUAACAAUUAUCUGCGAUUCAAGAGAUUUCUUUGUUGUUUACAUGUUAUUGAAGUCUCUUUCCAUCAAUCGUAACCAGU